AUGGCCCAGAUCUCAGCGCCUCCGACGGUCGCCAUCCCGUACACUCCUCCGAUCCUACGCCUACCGCCCGAGCUGCGCGCCCAAGUAUGGGACAUCUUCUACUCCUCCGUCAGCCCACCGUGGAUACGCUACCUCGACGGGGAAGGAGGCCACGUGGUCACCAACCACUCCAUCAACCUCGCCCCGACAUAUGCCUGCAAACAGUUUCGCGAGGAGGCAUGGCCCGCAAUAUGGCGGCACCUGGUGCUGCACCUGUCGCGCGAAGCCACCGGGCCCUACCAGCAUGGCAGACUGCCGGACCCCCAGCAGCGGCAGCACAUCCGCAGGGUCGUCUGGUACAUGGCCUGCUUUGACUACGAUCGCGAGCUUGCGAUUUGGGGGCUGCCGACACGACCGGUCAAGCUGCACCGCUUUCCGCGCCUGCGGGAGUUCGUGAUCGCCCAGGCGGAUGAGGUCCACGUCUUGUGGCCGCUGGCCACGGCUCAGAGCGCAGCAUCAGAUCCGGACCUGGCGCCACCAGUUGUUUGGCCGGCCUUGGACACAUACACUGCGGUCGAGAAAGCAGCCUCGUGGUACCGUGGCAUUUCUGGAGUAGAGCGGACUGCGUAUUUGCUCGCGCUGCGGCAGUGCUCAGCGGACGCGCUCAUUGCGACAGUCGCGCGCCACGGCAAAGGCGGCUGGUUGAGCAGGCUGGUUGACCCGGUGGCAUUUCCGGCACCGAUCGAAUUUGAAGACCCUUUGACUGGAGAUGAGUGGGACAUGGACGACCAGUAUGAUCUGGCAGUUUACGACCCGGACCUUGAGGACGGCUUGGUCGUCAGGCCGGGCGAGACUCGCGAGGAUGCAGAGAAGCGGGAGCUCGGGGAGCUGCGCGCGAUGGCCAGCAGCGUCGAGAUCUUGCUCGAGGUCGAAGUGUAUGUCGUGGGCAACAUGAAGUAUUAUGAUCGCUAUGAAGUGGCAGAGACCCUUGUUGAAGAACCGAUCAUUAUUGUGGUUGAUGUGCGGCAGAGAAAGAUUGUGGAAGCGAGGCAGCUGAGCCCAGACGAACACCAGUAUCGGGUGAAACACCGACAAUCGCCUUGUUAUAACUUUGUAACACUACUUAGUACGCAUAUUGCUACUUAG